AUGACACGCCAGACCGACGUCGCCGCUGCCGCCUCUAAUGGGGCAGAUCCCGCCGUCACGGCCCCGCCGCCUCGCGAGCGCAUCAUGGCGCACAUGAACCGCGACCACAAGCGGGAGCUCUCCCUCUACCUACGCCACUACGCCGGCCUCAGCCGCUCCGCCGCCACAGCGCCGUGGCUCAAGGAUGUCACGCUCGAGGGCAUGACGAUUGCAGCGGGCGGGCUCGGCGGCAAGGAGUUUCACGUCGCCUUCCAGCCCGCUCUCCAGUCGUGGUCCGACGUGCGCCCCGCCGUAGUCGAGAUGGAGCGCGUAGCGCGGCAGGCGCUGGGGGACAGCGACAUCGUCGUCGGGUACUUUGCGCCGCCGCAGGGCUUUGAUGUCGUCGUGUUUGGGGCCGUUUCGUUUUACUUUGUCUGCUGGCUCACGCUCGGGUUUGUGCUGCCGGGCGCGCCCAUCUGGUCCUUCCUCCAGGCCGUCUUCCCCGGCGGGCCCAUGUUUUACCGGUGGCUGGUCAAGGCCAUCUUCCCGUUCGUGUUGGGCAUUCAUCUGACCGAGUGCUUUUGGUUCCACAGGACGAGGCUCUCGAGGCACGGGAUCGAGUUCGGCACGAGUCUCUGGUGGACGUGGAUCGGGAGUCUGUUCUUCGAGGGCGUGUGCGGCUUCAUGAGGUUUGACAGCAUUGUCGCCGCCCUGAAAAAGGAGAAGGAAAACGAGAAGAAGAGCCACUAG